CGUUGGUUUUAGUUCUAUUAUUAUUUUUCCUUUUCUCUCCAUCUCCCAAGUGUUCCAAGACCAUUGUUAUCCCGUCACUCUUUUGACUUUGUCGGCCAGGCCCUUCCGUCAUGCAGCUGCAAGCCCUCCUCGCUCUUUUAUCCGUUCUCGGGGCAGCUAAUGCCACUCACGAUCUACACGCUCGUCUUGCAAAGAGGCAGAAUGCUGGGGCAGUCGUCACUUCCUCCUCAGCGGACGCAUCCAGUCCCGCAGCAACGAGCUUUACUUCAUCUGCUUCAUCGAGCUCGAAUUCGCCCGUUCCAACAACACCCGUUGGCACCACUAUCCCCCCGCUGGGCAACAUCACAUCGGGCAUGGCGACGCCUUCUACCGUUCCUGUGACUGCCACAUAUUCUGCAGGAUCUACACCUCUGAUUUCGGGUGCUCCAGUUUUGCCUACUCCAUUUGUCUUCCAAGCUGCAGACUGGCCUACUCAGGACCAAAUAGCACCUACCAAUUCUGUGGAGGUCUCCCAAUGGAUGGAAGAACUUAACGGUUUCAACAUCCCCGACCUCACUCCUACUGCAGACGGCACUUGCGUCGGCGACCCGGUUGCCGCCUCGCAAGCCGCUAGUCGUGGCUGGUGGACUUGUGGUGGUUAUACCCGCGCUACAGAUAUCACUGCUUGUCCGAGCAAGUUGACAUGGGGUGUCAGCUUUGACGAUGGCCCAGGUUUCUACAGUAUGGAGCUGCUUAACUACUUGUCUUUGAAGAACUUGACCUCGACGUUCUUCGUUAUCGGUUCUCGUAUCGUCGAGCGUCCUCAAGUUCUUGUGGAAGAGUACAUGGCCGGACAUGAAAUUGCUGUUCACACCUGGUCGCAUCGCCCUCUUACCAUGCUUUCUACCGAACAAGUCGUCGCUGAACUUGGCUGGGCACGCAAAGCUAUCAAGGACGUAAUUGGUGUUACUCCCACACUGAUGCGUCCCCCUUUCGGCGACAUUGACGAUCGUGUCCGUGCCAUUUCCCUGGCAAUGGGUAUGGUGCCCGUUAUCUGGACUAGCACUGGUGCUGGCGCGACAUUUGAUACUAACGACUGGAAGGUUCCUGGCGGUAUUGUCACAGGUACUCAGUCCUUCGCUACUUUCGAGGCUAUUCUAGGCAACGCGACUAUGCUGAAUACUGGGUUCGUUGUUCUGGAGCAUGACUUGUACGCACAAACCGUUGAUCUUGCGAUUGGCUACACAUUGCCUGCUGCUAUGAACUUCACUCCCACGCUUAAGCUUGACUCCAUUGGUCACUGCAACGGCAUCCCAAGCACUAACCUAUACCGCGAGAGCAAUUUAAACACGAGCUUCCCCUACUCAAACAGCACUAGUGGUGACUCGUCCGUCCCUAGCGGUUCAGGUGGGCAGGGCUCGACCACGAAAACGGCCGGUGCACUAUCGAAUACCAUUCUGCCUAUAUCUUUGGUCGUAGCUUCAAUAUUUGCUGCUGGCGGCUCCCUCCUCAUGUGACCUGACGGAUAUCUCAUUUACGCAAACUUGCUACUAAUCUAGACGAUGGACGUACUGCAGCUGUAGAUAUCUAUUUCGCCGUUGGUGGACAACUAUGCUUUUGUGGAUGCUGCUCUAUCUUAAAGUACUUCAUUUUCUCUUCUGUUUAUUACUCUGUAGUUGUGUGAAGUUUGAGACAGAGCAAUGAACUGCUUACUUUGGGAUUCGUCCAAGUA